CUCUCAUCCCCUUUUCUCUGAAAAAUUAAACAAUGGCAGACCCAUCAAUCUUCAACUUCCUCAACCAUCAACACCAACAGUACCCUUCUUCUUCUUCUUCUUCAAAACCCACAAAGAAAAGCUCAACAAACCUACCCCAACCCUCCUCUUCUCGUCACUUUCCAUGUCUGUACUGUCCUCGCAGGUUCUACACCUCUCAAGCUCUUGGUGGCCAUCAAAAUGCCCACAAACGUGAAAGAGCUGCUCUAAGAAGAAACAACACCACCCUCAACACUAGCAUCUCAACAGACCCUUCUUUGAUUAUACCUUCAUCAUUUCUUAACCAUAACCUCCCACCGCCAGCAAGUACUCCUGCAGUGCCCUUUUUUAACCAAUACCACCGAUAUCAUCAGCAGGCACUAGACCACCCCAUGAUGAUUACCAACUACCAGUUUCCAGCACCACCCAGUACAAAUGGUGUCUAUGUUUCGGCUCCUCAUUAUGGUGGGCUUUAUGGUGUCUCUGCAGCUGCUACUUCUCUUGAUCAUGAUAUUGGUAGUACUGGUAGUGGUUAUGAUCUUUCAACAAGUACUGAUAAUGAUGAUCCUAAUGACCCUACAAAUAUUGACCUUACCCUCCGUUUAUAAGCUAUGAUUAGUUUCUUGAUGUUUGGGUUGAUUAUGGGCUCUUUGAAAGCGACGAGGUUUACAAAGUAAUCAAUGAGAAUGGAGAUGCCUUGUCUGGUGUUUCUUUUAGGGUUAAAUAUCAUUUAGAUUAUCUUAAAUUCCAUGUUCUUGGAGUUUUAACUUAGUUAGCAGUGGUUUUCAUGGGGAUUAACUAUUAGAUUAUCAGUAAUUAUGUGUACUGAUGAUGUUAUUAGAUGGUAUCUUAUAAUUA